AUGAAGUUUAUUGUCUCUGCGCUUGGUCUUGUCAGCCUUGUGGCCUCGACUGUAGAGGCCUCUAUGGCAUCGCGCACUCUCGUCCCCGCGCACCCCCCUGGCCACAAUGCUACUGAUCCAACCCAUUUGGUUCCAAAGCUGACGCAGGCUCUCCAUUAUCGUGAGGAUGGCAAGACUGGUGGGACUCCCAUCUCUUACUCCUAUGAAAAGGACCCAUCCUCCUUUGGCCAUAUGGUCUCGAACUUCAAUCACCCCACAGUCGUUCUUGACCAUUCCACGCACAUAUCCAGUGUCACCUGUUCCCCAGGUGAGAUGAACAUCUGCUUCAAGUCUGAAGAUGCCGAACAUCAGGCCAGUGAAGAGUGGAACCUGAGCCAGUCGCCCCUUAUCCUGGCGACCUACCACUCUGGAUGCGGUGGCUACGCGAGUGGUUCACGAAGCUAUUGGAACGUGUCCUCAAUUACCUUUCAAUCGGGGCAGCGAUGCGCGCGUGCCAGUGUGACUGAGGUGCCCCUGGAGGAGGCGGCGAAGGACUUCGAUCUGGGAUUCGGCCAUUACCAAACCUCAAUCGAAAAGGAUGGAGGAAUAACUCGUCGCGGAACAGACGACACCAUGAUCGCCUCAAGCAGCACUGAGGACAUCACCGACGACCCGGAAGCGCUUUCUGACUUCUUUGGCGUCAAGAUCACAGAGGACUACACCGAAGUGCCUGAAGCCGAGCCUCUCCAAUACAACGGCUCUGCAACCAUUGAAAGGAGGCAAGUACUUCAGCGGAGAUGGGACCCUGUGGGUUGGAUCAAAGAGAAGGUUACGCAAGUGAAAGAAGCCGUUGUGGAAGUGUACCAUGCUGUUGUUGAGCCGAUUGUCAAAAAGGUUGUUGAUUUUGGCUCGAAAAUCGGCAGCCUAAUUCAGGAUCCCCUGGGCUAUGAGUGGAGCCUUGGAGCAUCGGUCAGUCAAACCUGGAAUAUUGGAGGGCAGGGUACUCAGAGAGUUCCCACAACCUCUGGUCUAUUCGGUCAAGGCGAGGGUCUAGUGAUUGCCGCUAGCGGUGUCUUCCCUGGUGAGCUCAGUUGCGAGAACUGCUAUGCUAAGGGUGACGUGUCAGUGUCUGGCCACAUUGGAUGGAGUAUCAAUGACGGUCUCAAGACGGGCUAUCUCAAAGCCGGGGGGUCAUGGGACUCGCAAUUGGCGCUGGCCAUGAAGCUGCAGGGCCAAAAGAAAAUUGAGGGAUACAAAAAGCAGCUGCUCUCCAAGAACUUGGUCAACCUGGAGAUCCCCGGUGUUAUUAGUAUCGGACCCGAAGUGUCGCUCAGUGCCGUGAUUGAUAUCUACUUCCAGGCCCAGGCAAACGUCCUCAUCGGAGCCCGCUUUGAGGUCUCUUCUGGUGAGGCACACUUGGAUUUAGUUAACCAGAAGAACAACAAGCUCAGUGGUUUUAACACCAAGUUUACGCCAAUUUCCAAGUUCGACGGGCCCGAGGCUUCAGUAACACUUGAUUUUGGCCUGCCGCUCGGUCUGGAAUUUGGCAUUGAUCUGCUCAACGGCAAAUGGAAACGUACCGCCGGCAUCUUCGACCAACCUUCAUUCCAGGUCGUUGGCAAAACGCUAACAUCAGAGUGCGACGGCAUUGAUAUCAACCUGCUAGUGCAGAACUACUUCUAUCUUAGUGUAGGCGGUCUCUAUGACUACGCCAUCGACCUCCGCGAGCUGUGGAGCAAGCCUUUGGGAUGUGUCGGUACUUCCCAAACCUCUACCGAGUCGGGACAAAGCUCUUUGGCUAGCAGAAUGAUUGCCAUCGGAGCCCGCCAAUCCAACACUACGCUCGAGGAUCCUGAACAAGCUGUCAACCAAACCUUCGGCAACGGGGGCAGCUCAUCACAGCCUCCGACCCUGGUUCCUGUCGAGGUUAAUGAUAGCUUUAUUGAGCCCGUCACUGGUUUCUCCUACAAGCUGGUCUCGGAUAUUAACCAGACGGCCAUCAUGAUCUCCGGCAAGGAAGAUCGCCUUUACCUUGCCCCGUAUGGUGACCCUGAUGCCAGUAGCGGAGCUCCCUUUGCGGUGGAGGCCGAGGCCUCAGAGUCCGUGCUUAUCGGCGACGUUUUUGGUGGAUACUUCAACUACAAUCCGACCGAGAUGAAGCAAGCGGGAGUUAGCAACCUCCGCUCCUCCAGAUUAACCAAUAUCCCGGUUGGUUCCAAAUUCAUCGCGCUCGCCGAAGUCCCGGCUGAAGAAGUUGGCCAUUCAUCGGGUAUGUACGUGGGGGUGGAUGAGGAUAACAUUUACGCCUUGGUGGCAUGCAGUGUGAUCGACAUGGGGACUCGCGUAUAUGUGGCCAACGCCAGUACCAAUGCGCUGGAUCAGUUGAACAACAACGAACUCGCAAAUAAUGUGGUCGGUGGUAAUGUCCGCGGGUGCCAAUAUGUUUAUUUGACAUCUGGUACGAAGGAAAACGAUUCAAUUCAAUUCAUAUUCUUAUACCUGAUCGAGCCCGCUAAGCAAUAUGCUAGCUAUGCAGGUGCAUCACUGUUUGAAGCAGGAAUAUAG